CUGCUGAGGUGGCCAGUGUUUUGGGGAAUUACAGUGGUGGUUAAGACCCGAGUUCCUCCAGCUCCUGCCAAUUUUCGGCUGACUGUAAAGGCAAGGAUGGUGGAUGCCUUCUGUGCCACCUGGAAGCUGACGGACAGUCAGAAUUUUGAUGAGUACAUGAAAGCUCUGGGUGUGGGCUUUGCCACUAGGCAAGUAGGAAAUGUGACCAAGCCAACGGUGAUAAUCAGCCAGGAAGGUGGCAAAGUGGUGAUCAGGACCCAGUGCACAUUCAAGAACACAGAGAUCAGCUUCCAGCUGGGCGAAGAGUUUGAGGAAACCAGCAUAGAUGACAGGAACUGUAAGUCUGUUGUUCGGCUGGAUGGAGCCAAACUUAUUCAUGUCCAGAAAUGGGAUGGCAAAGAAACAGAUUGUGUAAGAGAAAUUAAAGAUGGCAAAAUGGUUGUGACUCUUACCUUUGGCGAUGUUGUUGCUGUCCGCUGUUAUGAAAAGGCAUAGAAGAGAUGAUGGUUCUUUGGAAGUUCGGUUUGCUGGAGUCUCAGAGCUAGCCAGCUACGCAGCACUGGUCACUCUCAGACAUUAGAUAGUUGUCGUUGAUGUGGAGGCAGGAAAUUACAGUUUAAAGACAUGUGACUCCAAGCAACUCAUAGAACUUUGAUAUGCGAAGUUACCCUCUUUUAUAAUUUACUACAGUUUUGUAAUAACUUUUUAUAAGGAUGGGAUGAUUUCCUUUGGAAUGCAAACCCAAGUGGAAUAAAAAGGAUAAAAUAAAAA